CCGGGCCGGCCCCUGCCGGCCGCCGCUGCUCCCUCCCACCGCCCCGCUGCGACCGUCCCGCUGUUCGACAGCAAGGUUAAGAAUAUGAGCCUCUACAAUUUGGACCGGUUCCGCUUCGAGAGGAAGGGGAAGGGCGCGGAGCAGGAGUCGCCGUCCCCGCCGGCGGCCUGGGCAGAGGCACCUGACGGUGCUGCCGCGGUCGGUGCCGCUGGAGGGGAUGAGGAGGAAGGUGCGGGUGACAGUAAGAGGCCAGACACUCCGGAUUCGGACGUGACAGAGAGAACUGAGUAUUCCACCAUCCCAGAAACUCCUGAAUCUCAGAGGACAAUGAAAGAGUCUUACUUCAGGCGCCAGCGAGGGGUGCAGUUCCUUGAUGUGUCUGACAGUGAGGAGGAGCCAAGAAACUUCGGUGCUGCCAAAGAAACCCAGGCUUCGAGGGGAGAGGUGGCCGUAAUCUCUGAAACACCUGAUAAUGAUAAACAGCCUGAAGAGGAAAUGCCUCAGCUGGCACUUGUAAAUGGUGGGGAGCAGCGGCCAGCUGUGAAGGAGGAUGUAGAGGAAGAUACCAGAGACUCAAAGCUGCAAACUAUGAAGGGACGUUUUCCCCAAAGAAGCAACCAAGAAUUAUUAAAACUGAUAGAAUCAGCAUGCACAAUGGAUGAAGCAGUAGCUGCUGGUUUGAAGCUCAAUAACAAAGCUGCCUCUGGUAAAAGGAAACUAAGUGAUUCUCCCACAAAUUGCAAAACCAAAAAUGAGCGAGUUGCAAAAAAGUCAAAAGCUAGUUAUCUGGAUGACUCAGAACCCAAAAGACAAUGGGAGAGGCAAGAGAUGCUUGUGAAGAAGUUGCAAGGUACAUUCCCUGGAUUGGAUAAGGAGGAGCUGAGAGAAGUACUUGAGGAACAUAACUGGGUGUUUCAUGAUGCACUGGAAGCCCUGAAAAUAUUUGCAGACGAUGAGGAAGGUGUGGAAUUUCCUCCCAAAAGGAAAGUUGCUGACUUGACCGAAGCUUCCACUGAGAGCCAUAGUGAGGAGAGUAAAGAUAAGACAAAGCAGAAAGCUUCUGAGAAAGAGCAGAAUGGCUUUCAGAAAAAGGACAAAGGCAAAAGCAGCAUUUGGAGGGCUGAAAGAGAAACAGAACACAUGGAGGAUGAGUCUGCUUCCGAAGAUGGCGGAAGCUCCCUGGAUGAGGACUACAGCAGUGCUGAUGAAGUCAUGGAGGAUGGCUACAAAGCGAAAAUCCUCAGCUUCCUGCAGGAUGCUUCCCUGAGUGAACUGACUCUGAUUCCCCAGUGUUCUCAGAAAAAGGCUCAGAAGAUAAUAGCGCUCCGGCCCUUUAACAGCUGGGACGCUCUGUUUGCAAAAAUGACAAAGACUUCUGGUUUGUCAGAAGAUAUAGUGUGGAACUGCAAGAUACUGCUGAAGGAGAGGGAUGUGGUUCUAAAGCUUAUGAAUAAAUGUGAAGACAUUUCCAAUAAACUGACAAAACAGGUAACCAGGAUUACUAGAGACGGAGAAUAUGGAUGGAACAUAGAGCAACCCUCCAUUCUGAAUCGCAGUUUGAAACUGAAGCCAUAUCAGAAGAUUGGUUUGAACUGGUUAGCACUGCUGUAUAAACAUGGAUUGAACGGCAUCUUGGCUGAUGAAAUGGGCUUAGGAAAAACAAUUCAAGCUAUUGCAUUUCUGGCUUAUCUCUACCAAGAGGGCAAUAGAGGUCCCCAUUUGAUAGUUGUGCCAGCUUCAACAUUAGAUAACUGGAUAAGAGAAGUUCAUCUGUGGUGUCCUGAACUGAACGUCCUCUUUUACUAUGGAUCCCAAGAAGAUAGGAAACAUCUCAGGGUGGACAUUCAUAAUAAAGUCGUUGAUUUCAAUGUGAUUGUGACUACAUACAACUCUGCAAUCAGCAGCUCAGAUGAUCGAGGACUGUUCCGCAGGCUGAAGCUUAACUAUGCAAUUUUUGAUGAAGGUCAUAUGCUCAAGAACAUGAGCUCUGUCCGCUACCAGCACCUCAUGACAAUUAAUGCCAAGAAUCGCUUGCUGCUAACAGGGACUCCAGUUCAAAAUAAUCUGUUGGAAUUGAUGUCCCUCUUGAAUUUUGUCAUGCCCCAUAUGUUCAGCAGUAGCACAAGUGAAAUUCGAAGGAUGUUCUCUUCAAAAACAAAGAGUGCUGAAGAACAAAGUAUAUAUGAGAAGGAGAGAAUUGCACAUGCAAAACAGAUAAUAAAACCAUUCAUCUUGAGAAGAGUAAAAGAUGAGGUCCUUAAACAACUACCUCCCAAAAAAGAUCUCAUUGAACUGUGUGCCAUGUCAGAGAAACAGGAACAACUCUACUUGGCUCUCUUAAACAAACUCAAGAAAACUAUUAACAGUAAUGAGAAAAACUCCGAUAUGGGAAAUGCAAUGAUGCAACUUAGAAAAAUGGCCAAUCACCCUCUUUUGCAUCGUCAAUAUUACACGAAUGAAAAGCUCAGGACGAUGUCCACCCUCAUGCUCAAGGAACCCACACAUCGUGAUGCUAACCCUGACCUUAUCUUUGAAGAUAUGACAGUAAUGACAGAUUUUGAGCUGCAUGUGCUUUGUAGACAAUAUUCUCACAUCAAUGACUUCAUGUUGGACAUGGAUCAGAUCCUGGAUUCUGGAAAGUUUAGAGCACUGGAACACAUUCUCUCCGACCUUAAAGAGAAGGGUGACAGAGUUGUGUUGUUUAGCCAGUUCACUAUGAUGCUGGACAUCUUGGAAGUUUUCCUAAAACACUGGCAACAUAGAUACAUUAGGCUGGAUGGAAAAACGCAGAUUUCUGAGCGGAUACAUCUGAUAGAUGAGUUCAAUACUGAUAUGGGUAUAUUUGUAUUCCUUCUGUCCACCAAAGCUGGUGGCUUGGGCAUUAAUCUGACCUCGGCCAAUGUUGUUAUCCUUCAUGACAUUGACUGCAACCCUUACAACGAUAAGCAGGCAGAAGACCGGUGCCACAGAGUAGGUCAGACACGAGAAGUACAAGUUAUAAAACUUAUCAGUAAGGGGACUAUUGAAGAAACCAUGCUCAAAAUCAGCCAACAGAAAUUGAAGUUAGAACAAGAUAUGACUGCAGCAGAAUCAGGUAGAUGUCUUGCACAUAAUGAUGUCCAUUUAAGUAAACUGAAGCUGCAGUAUGUUACUCUGAAAAAAAGAAGGUUCUUGAUGCAGACAAGUCUUUUGUUGUUUGGGAGUUUUUAUGCUAAACUAGAAAGAUGUAUUUUUGCUGGCUGUUCUUUGAUUUCACAGGAAAUGCCCUCUGUAUCUGAGCCAAAAAUCAGUGACCAAGUCCUACAAGCAGAGGAUUUUUUUACUGUUUAGGGGUUGCAGGCUUUUAUCUGUUUAUGUGAAAUAUUUUAAGCUGUACUAAUGCUUGUCUUUAUUCCUCAGGAGAAGAAGGAACCAUUCCAGCAGAUAUAGCCACGCUAUUAAAAGCUUCAUUGGGUCUCUAAAAUGUAAAUAUGUUGUGAAAUUCAAGGAAGAAAGGUGAUGAUGUACCCCAAGGACUCUUACAUUACUGUUGACCAGGAGUUUUAUGAAUGUUUAUAACUUUUUGUAGUUUCUUUAUUGUAUUGCUCAUGGUAUUAAAAUUUUUUAACACCAGUAUCAUUUUUUGAUGCUUUAAAAGCAUAAAUGGCCCAAAUGUGCCAACCUCAGAUGCUGAAUAAAGGUUUUACAGAUUACUUUUGAAAAUGGGGACCUGAGUAGUAAUUGUUUUAACAAAUCUGCUACUGCUUAAGAUUUGUCAGUAUUUUUGUAAUUAUUUCUACCUCCAAAUAUAUAUAUAUAUAAACUGUCUGUUUCACUGGAUUCCGCGUGUAGAUUUUUUUAUAUGUGCCUUAUUUGACAAUGCUCGAGUCUGUUUCUGGUUGUUUUGUUUCAUUUGAUGUUCCAUACUGGUUUUGUAUCAACUUGUUCCAAUAAAAUUCCAUAGACUGACAAAAUGUUUUCGUGCUUGCAGUGAUUUGGGGCAGGUGAGAGGAUGAUAAUGUGCAUGUUACAAAUCAAUUAGGCAGCUCUCAAACCAGCUGGAAUGUUCCAAUCGAACUGACUUGGCUUUGUCCAGCAGCAAUUAAUUACCAGUGAGUCAUUAUACUCUAAUUGCAAUGGUGUGAGGAUAUUGAUUGUAAAAGCAGAACUCCUGACAAAUGGUUUGGUCAAGUCUGUUGGUAUUCCAGUCAACUGUACAUGAUUUCUGCAAAUUCAAAAUGGGUGGCAAGUUAAAGCUUAUCCAAAACUUGUUUUCCAGGUGUGGACUAAACUGCUUAGCUUUUCCUAGAAAUGUUCUGUGGCUGUGCUGUCUGUUCCAAAGUGCACAACUGAAAUAAGGUGAAGAUGCACUGUAUUGUUUGAGAAGGGAUAGGAUAAGAAUCAGGUUUCUAUGCUUCUUUAAUUUCACUGGUUCUGCUGAUUCAUAAAUAGAUGGAUUGAACAGAGAGCCACAGGUGUUUAACACUACAGCUAAUUAGGUUGUGUGUUUCUGCUGAGCAUGCUAGCCCAACUCUUACUGCAUUGUACCUGCAUGUGCUCACCUGCUUGGUUCAAAUGUGGAUUGAAACAAGAUCCCUGCCCUUCAGGGUGGGUUGUGUGAUGCUCUGGAUGUGUAUGGGAUCAGUUAAUGAAGUCUGGAGGAGCAGUGGUUACCCCUGGGGUCAGUGUCUGUCUUUUAGGUGCUGUGAAGCUCACUGUUUCUACUCUUUUCAGCUGGGGGUCUCAAGAGAAUGCAGGGCUGCCAUCCUUGGAGGUAACCAGAAGCUAGCUGGAAGCAGUCCUGGGCUGCUGGCUCUAGGUGGCCCUGUGUGAGCAGGGGCUUCGACCAAAUGACCUCCAGCGGUGCCUUCAGCUAUUCUGUGGUUCUGUUUUUCUGAUUGGGAAAGAAGUACAAGGGAAAAAAAAGCCACUCUCUCUCUCUGAAGUCAGUUGAAGAGGAGUUUUGGGAUCUAAAGAAAGGAAAAUUGAAGAGCCACAGCAAAGCAUGCAAGGAGUUGCAAAGCAGGUGAAGAUGGGAAUUAGUAAAGCUUGUUUCUUUCUGUUCUGAUAGUAUUUGACUUGGUUCUCUUAGGGGUGGCUUGGUUUCACUCAUGAUUCAGUGAAAUAAUACUUGAGGUGGGAGGGGAAAGUAAAUGUGAAGGGAAAUGCUGUCCCAACAGUGGCGAUUGUUUGUUUGUGGCCCAAGUUUGUUGUGGUUUAUCUGCUUACACCACGCAAUGGAGACCUCUCACAAGCACUUGUCUUCCCUUGAGUUUGUGUAAACCACUUUCAUCCACAGCUGUCCACAUUGCCAGGAUUUCCACCUGCCUUUUCUCCAGUAUUGGAAAAGCAGACCCUUCAUUUGUUCUAAACCUGGUUGCCAUCACCAACCCGCAGCUUGUGUCUCCUUCUUACUGGCAUAGAUACUGAGCUGUUGAAUGUUUUUGCAGCUGGUGCAUUUAUGGAGAACUGGUGGAGGUGUGGGCACCAGCUCAGCUGGGCAACUGGUUUUUGGCUUGUUUUGGAAGUUUUUGUUUUUGUUUUCUUCAGGAGCACAGCACAAACCUCAAGCUUCUCGGGCACUUUUUUCAGGCCCUUGAAUUUUAUUGACUAAGUGGGUCUUCUUUUUUUUUGGGUUUUUUUUUGGUUGGUUGGUUGGUUUUUUUUGCUUAGUGUCCCAAACAUUUGCUCUCUCCAUUUAACUUGCUUUCCUCUGGAUUGAAACACAGCAGUAGGCAAAAUGUUACUGAGAUUGCACCUCUCUGGA